ACUUAAAUUUUUCGUGUGGUGUGCUGUGCUGUGUAAUUUUGGGUGUUUUUGAUUUCUUUUGGGGCCGUCUGAUUAUCUCCACCUGAACCUAAUAACUGUCUCUUUAAUCAGCCUAUCAGCGUGGAAAGAGAGCGCGGGUGCUCGGGGACUCUUAUUUUAAAAGCGGACUUUUACAGGAGGGGAGAGAGAUCCGGGGAAGGAGAUCCGGGGAAGGAGAUCCGGGGAAGGAUUGGUGGCACAGGUGUGCUGCGGGUGUGGAUGGUGCAGCAGAGGCGGAAGCAGCCGGGAGCGUGGCUAGAACGCCAGCAGGAUUCGGCACAGCAUUACCCGGCAGUAGGGGCUUGGUCCGAGUGGCGUGUGAGUGCAGCGGCUGGCAGCAGAUUCAGGAGGAACUGCUGGAGUGUGUGCAUGCGGUGACGUCAGCGGCGGCUCAAAGGGAAUGCUGGAUAGAAGACCGAGGGUCAUCCUAUACACCACAGGCGUGUUGCUGCAAUUUCUGGGUAGUGGUUUCGAUCACUACCCGGAACUGUCCACUAGGCUAAUUUAAACCCAAGCUUGAGUACACAAAGGACAUAUUACUGGUCAGUCUUUUCUUUUAUUUUGUCCUAGAGCGGCGUGGUGAGACUCAAGGGAGCCGUGUCUACAUUCCCCUGGUCGUUAUGGACUUCUUUUAUUGAAACAGUGAACCGGACUUUCCUUUCUUUUAGUUCCUGUGUAUUCUUGGUUCCCCUUUGUGUUUUUUUUUGGUUUAUUUGGUAUUAUUCUUUUGUUUUGCGUUUUUGUUUAUUUAUUUUCCUGUUUUGCUUUCGUUCCCAUUAAUCUACUGCAACGACCUAGCUUUUAGUGUGUAUAUAUUUGCUCAAAGUAUAAAAUAAAACAUUGCUUGUUUGAGUAUGCUGUCUCCUGUUGGGAUCACUGGCUCAUACUCUGUUCCCUCCCAAACGAAUUUAUUAUUUCUUUACUAGUGUGGGUGAGUCGUGUGGAGUUUGGGUUAGAUUGGGUUCUGGUUGUACAUCUUUCUCUAUCUCAAUGGUUCCUAGGAGUAGUAAAUUUUAAUAGUAGGUUUUAAGUGUUCUAGAUUGUUUUAAAAUUCUAUUCCUAGGGGCUAUGUGAUAUGUUGGAAGUCCCUGGUUAUUUUAGGAAUACAUACAUGGUUUAACACUACCUUAUAUUUAACUAACCCACGCGACACCCGCCCCUUUUCUGGCAUAGUCGGCAGGAUUGGGAGUGAAAGAGUGCCAGUUUUCCCAAAGGAUAACAGAAAAAAAAAAAAAAAUAAUUUUCAUAAUGAUGAUGCUGGUGUUUCCAGGUGCCCCUUGGGUACCUAAGUUUAAAGGACCUGAUGGUGAUUUUAUGUACUCUGAUUGGAAAGAACAGGUACAAGGUUUGUUGGAGGUACAAGAUCUUACAGAACCUAGGAAGGUGCAGAUUUUAAUGGGUGCUCUAUCGGGAGAAGCAAAGCGAGAAGUAAAUGUGUUAGAAUCUGGGGAUAGAGAUACAGCAGUGAAUUUUCAAACACUUGGAUAACUUGUAUGCAGCUGAAGUACCACUUCCUGUCCUAAGAACACAAUUCUUUAGUUGUAGACAGAGGCCAGGUGAGACUUUUAAAGCUUUUGUGUUACGAUUGAGGGAACUUUUCUGCAGACUGCGGAGGCGAAACCCGGAGGGAGCCCUCACUGAAACACAGUUGAAAGACCAGCUGUUGUUGGGGCUAGAAGAUGGACCGUUCAGACGGGCUUUGCAGACUUUUGCUCGGAGAAUGCCUGCAGGGACCUUCGCAGACCUACACCAAGAAGCCUUACUAUUGGAAACCGAAUAUGGGCCCAACAGGUAUGAUACGUCAUGUUCAGUGAUCCGUGAGACCAGUGCAUCUCAUUCUUGUCCACAACGGGCGGAUUGGAGGGCGGAGCUGAAACAAGAGUUGCUGCAAGAAAUGUGUGGUCAAAUGCGCGAGUUGACCCAAGAGGUAAUCAAAGAGCUGAAACCUCUGUGGUGUGAACCCAGCCCGAAUGUUCCGUCUACUAGGGCUACUACCAGCCGAAACCGGGAUCCGACACAACCAAAUCAAUGGGAUGCUGAUGGUAAGCCUAUUUGUCGUCGUUGCAAGAAACCUGGACAUUUUGCUAGGAACUGCAGGGGAACUGCUGUUGUAGGGCCGCAUUUAAACUAAAUUGCCCUGCUACAGAGGUCCAAGCAGUGGGGCCCUUGGCUGAGACAGACCAUCAUAGGACCACAGAGACUUUUAUUGGAAAUUGCCCUAUAGUAGAAAUUCUGGUGGAAAAUGUAAAAUGUACAGGACUUUUAGAUACUGGUUCUCAGGUUACCCUGAUGCAACACCAAAUGCUGAAGAAGUAUUUCCCUCAGUAUCAGAUGGGUAGAGCCCCUAUUUUAACACUAAAAGCUGCUAAUGGACUUGAAAUACCCUAUGUUGGCUAUGCUGUUCUGAACUUCGAAGUCGCUGGAGUUCAGAUCCCAGAAUGGGGUGUUGUGAUCGUUAAAGAUGAGUGUUCUACUUACCCAAUGAUUAUUGGCAUGAAUGUCCUGUCUGCAUGCUGGAAUGAUCUCUUCCAGGAACGAGAGCAGCUGAGGUGGAAAGGAACCUCCCCCAGGAAUGACAAACUGUGGCAGCAAACACUUGCGACCUGCCAACGGAUUGCUGCCCAAGAGCAGCGAGAUGGCUUUGUGGGUCAUGUCUGGUCUGCUAGCCGACGUAGGAUCUGUGUUCCCCCAGAAAGUGAAAUGAUCGUGUGGGGACGUGUUCGGGUGAACAGGAGGGGCCAAGAAUACUGUGGCCUAGUGGAGCCAGUGCUGGAUGGAGGUGCUUUGACUGUGGCACGGACAGUAGCGAGGGUAAAGUAUGGACGAAUCCCUGUCCGCCUGUGUAAUGUUCACCCGUAUCCUAUGUUUAUAGGAAAGUUUCAGAAGCUGGGCAAACUGUAUGAAGUGCAACAAUCUGAUGUCCAUGGACAAUAUGAUCUCCAGCUGGACGUUAAGUCAGAAGGCGUGGUGGAAGUGAGUGUAAUCGAGACUGUUCCUGUGGGGAAGGGUACCCCCACAUUUGAGGUGAGCCAGUUUGCUACCCGUUCGGAUCUAACAGAUCAGCAGCAGGUUGAAUUAGGUCACUUACUUCAAAAGUGGACUAGUGUGUUUGCUCAGAACGAGGAAGACUUUGGAUGCACCGAUGCUAUCCAUCAUAGCAUACCUACAGGUGGGGCCCUUCCUAUUAGAGAGAGGUUCCGACCUCUACCCCCUAAGAUGUACCAAGAGAUGCGAACAUUGCUUGCCGAUAUGCUGAACAGUGGGGUAAUUUCUGAGAGUUCUAGCCCUUGGGCUGCCCCAGUCGUGAUGGUCAGGAAAAAGGAUGGAAAUUGGCGAUUUUGUGUAGAUUACAGAAAAUUGAAUUCUGUCACUCUUAAGGAUGCUUUUCCCAUGCCCAGGAUUGAAGAGACCUUGACUACCUUAACCCAAGCACAGUGGUUUAGCACUCUUGACCUGGCUAGUGGCUAUUGGCAGGUGGGUGUACAUCCAGAUGAUCAACCAAAGACUGCAUUUGCUACACCAUUAGGAUUAUUCCAGUUCCAUAGGAAUGCCUUAAAACAGUGUUUGUCUAAGCCCAGUGGUCCUAAACAGAGCCAGCAGGAGGAAAGGGAAACGGGGGCUGACGGCGGGUUUAUUCCCUAUAGUGUUUGGACUGCAACCCCGAAUGUACCUGAUGAGGUUUCGGCCAAUGUUCCUGUUCGCCGUUCCACUCGUGCUAAUUUUGGACAGAGACCGGUACGUUAUAGAGAGAAUUCUUAAUUAUAGCAGGGACUGCUUAUGUUUUAGCGUGGGGGGGUGUUAGACGGGUCAAAAAAAGUGUUAUUUUUCUUGAUUUAUCUUUAAAAUACUUGUUGGAUUUAUGUUUGUGUGUAUUGAUAUGUUUUAGUGUUUGGUUUUACUUAAAUUUUUCAUGUGCUGUGUAAUUUUGGGUGUUUUUGAUUUCUUUUGGGGCCAUCUGAUUAUCUCCACCUGAACCUAAUAACUGUCUCUUUAAUCAGCCUAUCAGCGUGGAAAGAGCGCGGGUGCUCGGGGACUCUUAUUUUAAAAGCGGACUUUUACAGGAGGGGAGAGAGAUCCGGGGAAGGAGAUCCGGGGAAGGAGAU